CUGGUGUUUUGCUGUUGUUUAGACCAUUGUUCGGCGUCCCGCUGCCACCACCGUCACAAUAAUCCUAUAUCACCCUAAUAAUACGUCUCUACCUACCAGUAUAGAGCUGCAAAUAGGCCAUAAUGGCUGCUGCCCAAGUGAUAUCGAAUUCUGGUCACGAUGACAUGAUCCACGAUGCCGGUCUUGAUUAUUACGGCCGCCGAUUGGCGACAUGCUCCUCCGACAAGACAAUAAAGAUAUUCGAGAUCGAAGGCGAGGCGCAUAAACUUAUUGAGACAUUGAAAGGCCAUGAGGGUCCAGUAUGGUGUGUCGAAUGGGCACACCCCAAAUUCGGCACAAUUCUCGCAUCUUCGUCCUACGAUGGAAAAGUGCUCAUCUGGCGCGAGCAGCACCAGAGCUCCACUGCCCCUAUCGGCAGUGGUGCUUGGACGAAAGUCUUCGACUUCUCCCUUCAUACCGCCUCCGUGAACAUGAUUUCCUGGGCUCCUCAUGAAACCGGAUGUUUGCUCGCCUGCGCCUCGUCUGACGGUCAUGUAUCUGUGCUCGAGUUCCGCGAUAACAGCUGGACGCACCAGAUUUUCCAUGCCCACGGCAUGGGUGUCAACUCUAUUAGCUGGGCACCCGCCGCCGCCCCUGGUAGUCUCGUUAGCUCAAACCCUGGGCCUGGGCAACAGCGGCGAUUUGUAACAGGUGGUAGUGAUAAUCUACUUAAGAUUUGGGAUUACAACCCGGACACAAAGACCUACAGUCCCACCCAGACACUGGAAGGGCAUUCUGACUGGGUUCGUGACGUUGCUUGGUCGCCUAGCAUCCUCUCUAAGUCAUACAUCGCAUCUGCAUCACAGGACAAGACUGUUCGAGUCUGGACCGCGGAUGCGUCAAGCCAUUCUCAGUGGACAAGCCAUGUACUUGAAUUCGAUAACGUUGUGUGGCGGGUGAGCUGGAGCCCUAGUGGAAACAUUCUUGCUGUGAGUGGCGGAGAUAACAAGGUUAGCUUGUGGAAGGAGAACCUACGGGGACAAUGGGAGAAGGUAAAGGACAUCGAGGAAUGAUAGUCUUUCUUUGGUAACGGGGUUGUUGUCUUUUAUCUACUAUAUUCGAUUUUCCUAUUUCCUCCACGAUAAAACUUGCCCCCCUAUAAGGUCAACGCAUAAUUCCAAUGUUUCCAUAAGCGUGUCAAGCAUGGUACGGCCGACUUGAACUAAGCGUGUCAGGUUUCCCAAGGCAGCUAAUUAUGGCCUCACUUUUUAUAUGUGCAUAUAGUCAAGGUAGCUACAUAUGUGACGAUUGUGUCAUUAGUUUGAUGCGAAGCCCACCUGUUCUUCUAGACUCACCAUGUUUUGACAAAACCGAGGCGGAAAGUGAGCAAGGAAUCCCC